CCUGAACUAUGAAUUCUAUGAAUUUCCUUCACUAAGAAAAGUUCCCUUCCUCAUUACUAGAGCAAAGCACUCAGUGGUAACGCUCAUUGGGAAUACUUCUAUGAAGCAUGAACUUUAUUCUGGGGGAAAAAGAGUCUCCGCCAGUACUUGAUUCAAUUCCUCGGAUUACUGCUGUAUUCUCCAGAACAGAUGUUCAGCCAUGACAGGCUGUGUUUGCCUCUGCAGAGACACUUCUCAUAGGUGUGGUUGACAGACUAAUGCUGAAGAGUAUCUCUGGAGUGACAGCAGUGAUGCCAACUGAACUGGCUACUGAAAGUACCGUUCUGCAAACUCCAGCACAAAUGGUGGACAGCAACAGAAACCUGACUAUUUUGAAGACAAAUGAUGUGCCUUUCAGGAAAUCAUCUUCUUUGAAUCAAUCAUCUCAUGGUUGUAGGACAUCGGCUUUGCCUCAGGUCUGCUGGGGCUUGGAGCUCAACAUGGCCGUGCUGUUGAUGGUCUUGGCUGGACUCUUAAUCUUGGUGUUACUUUACCGGAUGCUCCUCCUGCGCCACCGACUCCGUGUUGCUCAGGCUGGGAAUGCUCUGGAGUACUUUGGGUUUUACCACAUGGCUCAGUAUGAUUUAAAGCAACCAGGCCAACCACCUCUAACUGAAGCAGCUCCACAGGUUUUCACUUCUCCUGUUACCAUUCCUUCUCCUUCAACUGUUAUCCGACCUCCUUCCAUCCAUCCUCCUCUCCAACUCUCUCCUCCACCUCCAGCACACCUGUUGCAUCUCCCCAUUAUCCACACCACACCACCCAGCCCCCACCCAUCAUGUGGGGCAGGCUCGGAUGCAGAGGUGUACUCACGUAUCAGUUUCCUGCGGCCUUCCAGACCAUCCAGUGUGAGUCAGACUCAAGUGAUCCUGUUUGAACAUUCUGCUCUUUAAUAGUGUGAUUCUUUCAGACUAAGCAGACACUAUAAAUUUCACUCCAGCUGUUUCAACUUAAGCAUAAUGAUUCUCAUAAUGUUUAAAGGGUUAGUUCACCCCCUCAAGUUUUUACUUUUGCGUACCAAUGAUUAAAGAAAGUCAUAUGGGCUUUAAACACUUUUAGAGUACAUGAUGACAAAAUGUUCAAUUUAUGGUGAAAAAUCCCUUUAAAGUGUACUGUCUUAGAUAGAUCAGACAUUGUUUAUGCACAGUCAAUUCUUAUGAGAGUUUUGUCUAAGCGAUUUACAUAAUGCCCUUCAAAAUAUAUUAUGUUUGAUUGCUUUUUAUAUUUCCUGUAAUUAUCAUUUAAAAUGUUUUACAUUUAAAAAUAACUUAAAAUGUCUUUCUUAUGUUAUGCUUUCCUAUGUUAGGAAGAAGCAACAUAAAUGUUUUUAUAACAUAUUUCUCUGUUUGUCCUGAAUCACACUGACUUAGUCAUUUCCUUUAAAGGGUGGGAUUUCCUGAGGACACUAUCCAUUGCUUUGUUUCUUUCUGCCUCUUAGGAUUUCAACAUUCCUUUCUGUCUCACUGCCUUAACAACUACCACCCCCUCCCAAAAUACAAAAUAUGAAUUAUGUAUAUGCUGUAAUACUGUGUAGAAUCAUACAUGAAAAUAUGUGGAAAUGUGUUGCUUUUAUUUUAAUUAGCUCUAAGAGAAGAACUUAUAUUCUGAAUAUAUGAGUGAAUGAACAAUUCCACAAAACGCCUUGAUGCGAACAUUUACAUGUAUUAAUAUGGCAGUUUCUUUCAUACAAAGCGACUUGCAUUCAGGGUGUACUGUACAUUGAAUCAGUAUGUGAAUUCCCAAAGAAUUGAACCCAUGACCUUGGCAUUGCUAGCGCCACGCUUCACCAGUUGAGCUACAGGAACUGUAUAAAGUGGCAAUACACUGCAACAGAGCAUUUUGUUAUCUCCAAAAUGUAUGUGAACAUUCUAAAGCCAAAAGAUAUAUUUGAAUAAUUGAUGACUCACUUAAUGUAUAAUUUAGCUUUGUAAUGUAGCUGCAGGUGGUACACAUGAUAAUCGUGGAUGAAAAGUUCAAGACCUUUUCAUGAAUUUAAAACUUACCAUGGUUUGGUGCAUUAAUCAGGAUAUUUUGUAACAUUUCAAUGUGAAUAUUAUUAUUUGGUUGUUGUUGUGUUUAUAUUUUAUUUUGUUUUUACUAUUUGUUAUACUCUGUUCAUUUGCAGCCCAAAAAAAAUAAAAAAUAAAUAAAAUGAACUUAAUGAAUAAUAAUAAUAAAACAAUUCUCCAUAACUUUUGAUGUAUUAAAGUCAUUGAGUUGAACCCUUUAAUCUCUUAAGGUGUUUUUAAAGACUCCCUGUUUCAGUAGCAUGCCAAAAGUUAAAGGCUUAUUGCUCUCUCUUCGUUUUGUUCCCAAUCAUGACACAUGUAAUGUAACUUUGUAACAUUUUGUGUUGAUACAGCAAAGCAAUCAAAGGUUAGAGCAUUACAAAAAUAAUUUAUCUGAUUGUCCAGUGGUAAAGGACAUGUUAUUUAAUGUUUGUUUUCAUGAGUUCAAUGUUUAUCAAAA